AAGAAGAAGAAGAAGCCUUGGUGGUUACUACAUACAGGAUUUCGAGCUACCAUCAUUAACAAAACGUUCUUUUGUUUCUGUCCGUUUGGACUUUAUUUGAGGCAGAAUGCCUCGUUUCGCGCAGUUAGUCAUGGGUCCAGCGGGAAGCGGCAAGAGUACGUACUGCUCCACCAUGGUCCAGCAUUCAGAGUCGAUAAACCGCUCAGUACAGGUGGUGAAUCUGGACCCAGCUGCUGAGCAUUUUGACUAUCCUGUCAUGGCAGACAUCCGCGAACUCAUCCAGGUGGAUGAUGUGAUGGAGGAUGACUCUCUCAGAUUUGGUCCUAAUGGAGGCCUGGUGUUCUGCAUGGAGUACUUUGCCAACAACUUCGACUGGCUGGAGGAAAGCCUGGGACAUGUUGAAGAUGACUACAUUCUGUUUGACUGCCCAGGUCAGAUUGAGCUUUACACACACCUCCCUGUGAUGAAGCAGCUGGUGGAGCAACUCCAGCAGUGGGAGUUUCGGGUUUGUGGUGUAUUUCUCGUUGACUCGCAGUUCAUGGUGGAAUCUUUCAAGUUUAUCUCAGGAGUUAUGGCUGCUCUGAGUGCCAUGGUGUCUUUAGAAAUUCCUCAAGUGAACAUCAUGACUAAGAUGGACCUGCUCAGUCCUAAAGCCAAGAAAGAAAUAGAGAAGUAUUUGGACCCAGACAUGUACUCAAUGAUGGAAGAUAACUCUGAUACCAUCAGAAGUGCAAAGUUCAAGAAGUUAACUCAAGCUAUCUGUAGUCUGAUUGACGACUACAGCAUGGUGAGGUUUCUCCCAUUUGACCGUACAGAUGAAGAAGGCAUUAACAUCGUACUACAACACAUCGAUUUCUCCAUACAGUAUGGCGAGGACCUGGAGUUUAAGGAGCCAAAGGAGCUCGAAGAAGAGCCUGCUCAGCUGAACUAUGAUGAGAUUUUUCAAGACAAAUCGUACAGCUAAGGAGUCCUG